GCGCGGAGGUGAGUCGGUGUGUUGUGGACUCGUGGUGCUGGCUGCCGCUGUUGAGGCGGCCGGGAACGGGCGGUGGGGAGCGGGCGGAGCUGGCCCUGCUUCUGCCUGGCCGGCGCCGCAGUCGGCGCGGGCCGCGCCCGCCGCCGUAAACUGCCCUGAGCGCCUGCUCAGGCCGAGGGAGACGUCGGGGCCUGCACCUGGAGCGAGCCUGCCGCGCUGGCCCCGAGGAGGGGGCGUUGCCAUGGCGACAGCCUCUCCCGCAGCUGAAGGGGGGCGGGGGCGGCCCUGGGAAGGAGGGCUGGUCUCCUGGCCCCCUGCUCCUCCCCUUACUCUCCCCUGGACUUGGAUGGGCCCGAGUUGGGGGCAGCACCCCGGGGUGGGUGAUGCGGAGAGGCCCCCCAGAUUGGGCCCUGGUCAUGCAUGCGGGGUGAGGGUCGCGGCGCGCAGUUUGUGCAGCCUGGGGUGCUCGCCCAUGUGCUCACCCUGGGUGCACGAGCCACUGAGUAACGUUCUGGUGGAGAGGGAGAGGGGCAGGGCUUUGCAAGACAGACCCGCCGAGGUGAUUAAGGGUGCUGACUUCUUUCCUGGGAUUACUUAGGAGGAGGAAGAGGGGUUUGACUAAAGAGGUUAGAAACCCCGCGAGGAGAUAGUAGAUGGAACAUCCCCUUUACCCACUCCCCAUCCCCUAGGCAGACACACAAGGUUAGCUGUUUCCUUCUUAGAAAGUCUGUAGCGAUGGCGAUAGUGAUGGUGGAAGGAGUGAAUAAGGAGGGCUAACCUGGCUAGCUUUCUGUUUGCUUUUCCUGCAAGUGUUCCAGCAACAGGUGUUUCCUUAAAACAAAAAGGCAUGAACUUGGAUCGGGGCUUGACUGUGAACUCUUGUAAAGUAUAACUGCGACGUGUUGCCUCGGGAGCUUCUGAAUGUGGCCCCUCACUGGGGAUGUGGAUUCUGUCUUUAGGUCUGGAUUUUGCAAAAUGAUAGUGCCCAUCGUUACCUGUGCUGUAAGUCGCUGGCCAGGUCUCUGGUAUUAGUUCUUGUCAGAGGUUUUAUCGGUCUCCCAGCUGAAGGGCAAAAAACCAGGAAUCCCAUUGGCUCAAGACUAUGUACACUGUUUGAACUCGUGAGUUGUGAUGGGUUGGAUGAUUUUUGUGUGUAGAGUUCCUACGGGAAAUUGGCUUCAUCAAAUUCUGCUUUAUUCUGACUUUAUCAUACACAGCAUGCCUUGUUUUAGUGGGUUCAUGCCUGGAGCCUAAGUAUAUUAUACCUGAAUCCCCUACCAUUUAAAAGGCAAUUUAUAAACAGGGUCUUGGAGUGUGACCCCACUAAUGUGUGUGUCUGUGGUCUUGGUUAGAAACCCACUUGGCUGCCUGUCGUCAGAGAGGUGGGGGCCGUGUGGUGGGGGAAGGUAGCUGCUGGGAAGUGAUUGAUAAGGUUUCCUUGAUGGAUUCUGUGGUGCUUCACUGGAGCUCAGAGCACUUUGGCAACUUAAGCACUCCAAAUUAAAAGCUCAUUAACAAUUCCUGCCCAAAGAUCCUGUAAAUAAUCGGCUAGCUAGGUCACAGAGCUUGGCUGAAAGCUCUCCUUCUAACUUGAAAUUUCCAAAUAAAAGUGCUUUUAUUCCCUUUCAUUUUGGAAAGUGUUUUCUUUGGGUUGGGGUAGAUUGGUGAGUGGCAUUUUCCCAGGGGAUCUGCGCAGGAUAAAGUGUUGAGAAUGUAGAGUGGUGGACAGGAAUAGGUUGCUUCUAAACCUAGGAGUUUCUUUGUUCAAAGGAUGUUGCUAGCUCUUAAGGGCACCUUUGCAACUUCUAGUCCUUUGGAAGAUCUGAUUGGUAAAAGGCAUUAAGACUUACGUGACCUGAAGAGAAACCAGAGCGUGGAAGAUUUGCGAAUUAAGUGAUAAAAAUGAUCGGUACUCAUUGAUAAUUUGACUUGGAGUUUGGUUAUCUUGACUUUUUUAGAACUUGAGGCAGACCUGGAUGUAUCCUGCAAGCAUUUCAUGUGUGGCCAUUUGCAGUGUGGCCUGUAGCUUUGUGGCACCCACCCCUUCCUCCAGUCCUGGCCUCAGCUCCUGACUUCUGAAUAUUGUUAGCCUUUACAAGUGCCCCCUCCUUGACUAGACUAGGAUUCUGGAUUAUCCUCAGAGCCACCACUUCAUGGUCAUCCUUCUCAGUCCAAGCUCAGAUGUUUUAAAUGUUUAGUGUUUCUAGGUUAAGAUAAACUCCUUAGGAAGAAAAGUAUGCCAGCAGAGUACAUGAAAUUCAUCAUUCUUAAAAUAUGUACAGUUGACCAUUGAAAAAUGCAGGGCUUAGGGAUGCUGACACCCCCCUCCACAGUUGAAAAUCUGCUUAUAACUUUUGACUUCCCCCAGAGUUUACUAAUUGCUUACUGUUGACCAGGAGCCUUGCUGAUAACAUAAGCAAUUGAUUGACAUAUUUUGGAAUGUUAGAUGUAUAUCUACAUGUAUUUAAUGCAUUCAUAACAUCUUAACUUUUUCUUAAAAUUGUUUUGGUUUUUCUAGGCUAUGUGAUCUAGCUGCAAGUUUUUUUCCAAGUUGUCACAAAUUUCCAAGAAAAUACCCAUUAUAUUUAUUGAAAAACAUCUGCAUAUGAUUCGACCCACAGAGUUCAAACCUGUGUUAUUCAAGGGUCAACUCUAGUACCAGUAGCUUCUGAAAGCUCUGUACCAGCCCUGUGCUUCCCCAUAGAUAGCCGUUACGCCAAAGGAGUUUGAUUUAGGAGUUUGAAGGAUAGUGUGGUCCUUCAGUUAUUUCAAACAGCAACCCCCUGGGGAUUUGAUCCUUUCUAUUGAAAUAGACUUGUUGCAGAGAUGUGUGUUUAUCCACAGCAUUGGGGCUUUCCAGCUCUCACAGAACCUUCAGCAUCCCCGGCGGCCAGUCUUGGCAUCUUCGAAGUAAGGAGAGGAGAUCAUCGAGUUCCCCAUCCUGAAGCUAAACGGCCGGACCAUGGAGAUCGAGUCUACCUUUCACAUGUAUGUCCAGCCCGUAGUCCACCCACAGCUCACUCCCUUCUGUACAGAGCUCACCGGCAUUAUUCAAGCCAUGGUGGAUGGUCAGCCAAGCCUGCAGCAAGUGCUGGAGAGGGUCGAUGAGUGGAUGGCGAAGGAAGGCCUCUUAGAUCCAAACGUCAAGUCGAUUUUUGUCACCUGCGGAGACUGGGACUUAAAAGUCAUGCUCCCAGGCCAGUGCCAGUACUUGGGCCUGCCCGUGGCAGACUACUUCAAGCAGUGGAUUAACCUGAAAAAGGCUUACAGCUUCGCCAUGGGCUGCUGGCCCAAGAAUGGACUCCUAGACAUGAACAAGGGCCUCAGCCUGCAACACAUAGGCCGGCCCCACAGCGGCAUUGAUGACUGCAAGAACAUCGCCAACAUCAUGAAGACGCUCGCGUACCGAGGCUUCAUCUUCAAGCAGACGUCGAAGCCCUUCUGACUGGCCGAGGACGGGAUGGGGCAGGACAGGGUAGCUGCUUGGCCCAGCCCAAAACCCUCCUCUCCCUCACCAGAGGGGCAAAGGGAGUGGCACAGCUCUACGUCCAGAGCGUCCCCCAGCCUGCCCUGCGGGCUUGCGCCCGGGGUCCGGCCUGGCCACGCGGCCCCUCUGGAGCAGACACUUUGUGCCCCCCACCCCCACCCCUCAACCUCAGCCCAGAAUUAGCACCUCCCAUUGUGGGCCUGGGCUGGGGGGCCUCUUCCUCACUGCCUCCUCCCUGGUACACAGGCUUCUGCUGGGGCCGCCGAGCCCCCCUGUGCCCCCUCCCACCUGUAGUGCAUGGUGUGUGGUGCCCCCAGGGCUCCAGGACAGAUCAGGCCCUACCUUGUGUCUCCCCCCAUCCCCGCUGUGAACGUGCCACUGAAUAAAGUCGGGGAAACGAG